GAUCAGUUUCCACUUCCGGGGUGGCCCUGCUGCAGUCUUGCAGUAUGAUGUACAGGAGGUGAGAGGUCUGUGCACUCAAGUGAACUCCGCUCCCUGCGGUGACAUCGGUCUCCGCGUCCGGCCGCGUGUGCACCGCACUCGGCCCCAUUCUGUGACCCCGGCGGGAGGCCCUGGGCACUCGGCCCAGUGGCCACGGCGCGAGGGAUGAAUGACUGAGCGAGCGAGUGACUCCCGUCGCCUCCUCCCAGGUGACGGCGCUUCGGCGAGGGGCGCCAGGGCCGCGGGCAGGAUGAACCGAGCCAAGCCCACCACCGUACGGAGGCCCAGCGCAGCCGCCAAGCCCUCAGGACAUCCUCCCCCUGGAGAUUUUAUAGCUCUGGGGUCCAAGGGUCAGGCCAAUGAAUCGAAGACAGCGUCCACGCUGCUGAAGCCGGCCCCUUCUGGGCUGCCUUCAGAGCGCAAGAGAGAUGCUGCAGCCUCCCUGACUGGUACCUCCGCGCUGACUGGCCUUACUAAGCGCCCCAAACUGUCCUCUACUCCCCCAUUGAGUGCCCUGGGACGUCUGGCUGAGGCCGCAGUUGCAGAAAAACGAGCCAUUUCUCCCUCAAUUAAAGAGCCAUCUGUGGUACCCAUUGAAGUUCUUCCCACUGUUCUGCUGGACGAGAUUGAAGCUGCUGAGUUGGAAGGCAAUGACGACAGGAUAGAGGGAGUGCUGUGUGGGGCCGUGAAGCAGCUGAAGGUGACGCGGGCCAAGCCUGACAGCACGCUUUACCUGAGCCUCAUGUACCUGGCCAAGAUCAAGCCCAACAUCUUUGCCACAGAGGGCGUCAUUGAGGCCCUAUGCAGCCUCUUGCGGAGAGAUGCCUCUGUCAACUUCAAGGCCAAAGGGAACAGCCUAGUAUCUGUACUGGCCUGCAAUCUCCUCAUGGCUGCGUACGAGGAGGAUGAGAACUGGCCUGAGAUCUUCGUGAAGGUGUACAUUGAGGACUCGCUGGGUGAGCGUAUCUGGGUGGACAGCCCUCACUGCCGCACCUUCGUGGAUAACAUCCAGACAGCUUUCAACACCAAGAUGCCCCCAAAGAGCGUACUGCUGCAGGGGAAGGGGGCGCGCAGUGGAGGUGACCUUGGUGCAGGCAGUAGCCCCCAUCCCUCACUCACUGAAGAGGAGGACAGUCAGACAGAAUUGCUGAUUGCUGAGGAGAAACUGAGCCCUGAGCAGGAGGGGCAGCUCAUGCCAAGGCCUAGGUACGAUGAACUCACAGAGAGCGUGGAAGAGUAUGUUCUGGACAUGCUUCGUGACCAGCUGAACCGGCGCCAGCCAAUCGACAACGUGUCCAGGAACCUCCUGCGGCUGCUCACAGCCACCUGUGGCUACAAGGAGGUGCGGCUGCUGGCUGUGCAGCGGCUUGAGAUGUGGCUGCAGAACCCCAAGCUGACCAGGCCAGCCCAGGACCUGUUGAUGUCUGUGUGCAUGAACUGCAACUCGCAUGGACCAGAAGACAUGGAUGCCAUCUCUCACCUGAUCAAGAUCCGCCUCAAGCCCAAGGUGCUGCUCAACCACUACAUGCUCUGCAUCAGGGAGCUGCUGAAUGCGCACAAGGACAACCUGGGUACCACCAUCAAGUUUGUGAUCUUCAACGAGCUCUCCAAUGCUCGCAACCCCAACAACAUGCAGAUUCUCUACACUGUGCUGCAGCACAGCUCUGAGCUGGCGCCCAAGUUCCUAGCCAUGGUGUUCCAGGAUUUGCUGACCAACAAGGAUGACUACCUCCGUGCCUCCAGGGCCCUGCUGCGAGAGAUCAUCAAGCAGACCAAGCAUGAGAUCAACUUCCAAGCUUUCUGCCUGGGACUCAUGCAGGAGCGCAAAGAGCCACAGUACUUGGAAAUGGAAUUUAAGGAGCGGUUUGUGGUCCACAUCACAGAUGUGCUGGCCGUGUCCAUGAUGCUGGGCAUUACAGCCCAGGUGAAAGAGGCUGGCAUCGCCUGGGACAAAGGAGAAAAGAGAAACCUCGAGGUGCUACGCACAUUUCAGAACCAGAUUGCAGCCAUCCAGCGUGACGCAGUGUGGUGGCUUCACACUGUCGUCCCAUCCAUCAGCAAGCUUGCACCCAAGGACUAUGUGCAUUGCCUCCACAAGGUGCUCUUCACCGAACAGCCCGAGACCUACUACAAGUGGGACAACUGGCCACCUGAGAGUGACCGCAAUUUCUUCCUGCGCCUCUGCUCAGAGGUUCCCAUUCUGGAGGACACCCUGAUGAGGAUCCUUGUCAUUGGACUGUCCCGAGAGCUGCCUCUUGGCCCUGCGGAUGCCAUGGAACUGGCUGACCACCUUGUGAAGCGAGCUGCAGCUGUGCAAGCUGAUGAUGUGGAAGUUCUGAAGGUAGAGCGGAUCCAGCUCAUAGAUGCAGUUCUAAACCUGUGCACCUACCACCACCCUGAGAAUAUCCAGCUGCCCCCAGGGUAUCAACCCCCAAACCUUGCCAUCUCCACCCUCUACUGGAAGGCCUGGCCCCUACUGCUGGUUGUUGCCGCCUUUAACCCAGAGAACAUCGGCCUGGCUGCAUGGGAGGAGUAUCCCACCCUGAAGAUGCUCAUGGAGAUGGUGAUGACCAAUAACUACUCAUACCCACCGUGCACGCUGACGGACGAGGAGACGAGGACGGAGAUGAUCAACCGUGAGCUGCAGAUAUCUCAGAGGGAGAAGCAGGAGAUCCUGGCCUUUGAGGGCCACCUGGCUGCCGCCUCCACCAAGCAGACCAUCACCGAGAGCAGUAGCCUCCUCCUGUCCCAGCUAACCAGCUUGGACCCUCAAGGCCCUCCCCGGAGGCCACCUCCUCACAUCCUGGAUCAGGUGAAGGCCCUCAACCAGUCACUGCGCCUCGGACACCUGUUGUGCCGCAGCCGUAAUCCAGACUUCCUCCUGCACAUCAUCCAGCGCCAGGCCUCCUCCCAGUCCAUGCCAUGGCUAGCAGAUCUGGUGCAGUCCAGCGAAGGCUCGCUGGAUGUGCUGCCUGUGCAGUGCCUGUGUGAAUUCCUGCUGCAUGAUGCAGCUGACGCCACUGCCUCAGGGGAGGAGGAUGAGGAGGGUGAAAGCCGGGAGCAGAAGGCCAAGAAGCGGCAGAGGCAGCAGAAACAGCGGCAGCUGCUGGGCCGCCUGCAGGAUCUACUGCUGGGCCCUAAAGCAGAUGAGCAGACCACAUGUGAGGUACUCGACUACUUCCUCCGGCGUCUGGGCUCCUCACAGGUAGCCUCCCGGGUGUUGGCCAUGAAGGGCUUGUCACUGGUGCUGUCUGAGGGUGGCCUUCGUGACAAGGAGGAGAAAGAGCCCCCCAUGGAGGAGGAUGUAGGAGAGGCAGACGCGCUGCAGGGCUAUCAGUGGCUGCUGAGGGACCUGCCUAGGCUGCCCCUGUUUGACAGCGUGAGGACCACCACUGCCCUGGCUCUGCAACAGGCCAUCCACAUGGAGACUGACCCCCAGACCAUCAGCGCCUACCUCAUCUACCUGUCCCAGCAUACGCCAGUGGAGGAGCAGGGCCCACACAGUGACCUGGCCCUGGAUGUGGCCCGGUUGGUCGUGGAGCGCUCCACCAUCAUGGCGCACCUCUUCUCAAAGCCGUCAUGCAACACUGCCUCCGAUGCUGUACUCAGUGCCCUGCUGUCCGUGUUUUCCCGCUACGUGCGGCGCAUGCGCAAGAGCAAGGAGGGAGAGGAGGUCUACAGUUGGUCAGAGUCUCAGGACCAAGUGUUCCUACGCUGGACCAGUGGGGAGACAGCCACCAUGCACAUCCUUGUGGUCCACGCCAUGGUCAUCCUGCUAACAUUGGGCCCACCCCGUGAACAGUCCUCGGUGGUCUAUGGUCCUUCUUGGGUUCAUGGCUCCUCAGAUGAUACUGCUGUUCCCUGUGUCCUCCCUGAAGCUGGUGAUGGCGAGUUUCAUGAACUGCUGGACAUCUGGUUUCCUGAGAAGAAGCCCCUGCCCACAGCCUUCCUGGUGGACACCUCUGAGGAGGCCCUGCUGCUGCCCGACUGGCUGAAGCUGCGGAUGAUCCGCUCCGAGGUUCCCCGGCUAGUGGAUGCUGCCCUGCAGGACCUGGAACCCCAGCAGCUACUGCUCUUUGUACAGUCCUUUGGCAUCCCUGUGUCCAGCAUGAGCAAGCUACUGCAGUACCUGGACCAGGCAGUGGCCCAGGAUCCCCAGACCCUGGAGCAGAAUAUCAUGGACAAGAAUUACAUGGCCCACCUGGUGGAGGUGCAGCAUGAGAGAGGUGCUUCCGGAGGCCAGACCUUCCACUCGCUGCUCACGGCCUCCCUGCCACCCCGACGAGACAGCACAGAGGCUCCUAAGCCAGAAAGCAGCCCUGAGCCCCCACCAGGCCAGGGCAGGACUCGGGCAGGGACACAGGUCCCAGUGCUCGGCCCUGAGGACGACUUGGCUGGCAUCUUCCUACAGAUCUUCCCACUGAGCCCCGACCCACGGUGGCAGAGCUCCAGUCCACGCCCCCUUGCCCUGGCACUGCAGCAAGCCCUGGGCCAAGAGUUGGCUCGUGUCCGCCAGGGGAACCCCGAGGUGCCAGGCAUCACAGUGCGCCUCCUGCAGGCCAUGGCCACACUGCUGAGCUCCCCGCAUGGUGGCACUCUGGCUCUGGCUAUGCACCACAGCCACUUCCUGUCCUGCCCACUGAUGCGGCAGCUCUACCAAUACCAGCGUGCUGUUCCUCAGGACACCGGCUUCUCCUCGCUCUUCCUUAAAGUGCUUAUGCAGAUCUUGCAGUGGCUGGACAGCCCCGCUGUGGAGGAUGGGCCCUUGCAGGCCCAACUCAAGCUGUUUGCUACCCGCUUCUCAGCGAGACGCAGGAUCAGCGAUGUGCGCAGUGGGCUCCUGCACCUGGCUGAGGCCCUGAACUUCCACCAUGACCUGGAGGUGGCCAACUCCACUGUGAGGGCUGUCAUUGCCACCCUGAAGUCCGGGGAGAAGUGCACUGUGGAGCCUGAGCUCAUCAGCAAAGUGCUCCGGGGCCUCAUUGAAGUGCGCUCCCCUCACUUGGAAGAGCUGCUCACAGCGCUUUUCUCAGCCACCGCAGAGGCCUCCUGUCCGAGCUCGGCCUCUGGGCCCAUUGUGGUGGUGAGCUCCUUGCUGCUGCAGGAAAAGGAUGAGCCCUUAGGCCCUAGCAAACAGGAUGCAGAGGGUGCCAGCACGGAGACCAUGCGCCUGGGACCAGCGUCUGGGCUGCUUGUGGACUGGCUGGAGACGCUGGACCCAGAAGUGGUCAGUAGUUGUCCUGAUCUUCAGCGGAAGCUGCUCUUCUCACGAAGAAAGGGUAAAGGCCACAUAAGUGCCCAGGUGCUGUCUUUCCGCCCCUACCUUCUAGCCCUUCUCACACACCAGGCCAGUUGGUCUACACUGCACCGCUGCAUCCGUGUCCUGCUAGGCAAGAGCCGGGAGCAGAGGCUCGACCCCUCAGCCUCCCUGGACUUCCUCUGGGCCUGCAUCCAUGUUCCACGGAUCUGGCAGGGCCGGGACCAGCGUACUCCACAGAAGCGCCGGGAGGAGCUGGUGCUUCAUGUCCAGGGCCCAGAGCUGCUCAGCCUGGUGGAACUGAUCCUGUCUGAGGCAGAGACCAGGAGCCAGGAUGGGGACAGUGCCGCCCGCACUCUCAUCCAGACCCGACUGCCCUUGCUGCUUAGCUGCUGCCGUGGCAACAGUGAGAGUGUCGGAAAAGUGACGGAGCACCUGACCAGCUGCAUCCAGCAAUGGGGGGACAGUGUGCUGGGCCAGCGCUGCCGAGACCUACUGUUGCAGCUGUACUUGCAGCGGCCUGAGGUCCGGGUGCCGGUGCCCGAGGUCCUGCUGCAGAGUGAAGGUGCCACCAGCAGCAGUAUCUGUAAGCUGGAUGGGCUCAUCCACCGCCUCAUCACGUUCCUGGCAGAUACCAGUGACUCCCGGUCUUCUGAGAGCAGAGUGGCUGAUGCCAACAUGGCCUGUCGGAAGCUGGCUGUGGCCCACCCCAUCCUGCUACUGAGGCACCUGCCCAUGAUUGCAGCCCUCCUGCAUGGCCGCACACACCUGAACUUCCAGGAGUUCCGGCAGCAGAACCACCUGGCCUUCUUCCUGCACGUGCUGGGCAUCUUGGAGCUGCUGCAGCCGCGUGUCUUCCAGAGCGAGCACCAGGGGGCGCUGUGGGACUGCCUGCGCUCAUUUAUCCGCCUGCUUCUGAACUACCGGAAGUCCUCCCGCCAUCUAGCCCCCUUCAUCAGCAAGUUCGUGCAGUUCAUCCACAAGUACGUGGCCUGCAGUGCCCCAGCAGCCGUGGCCUUCCUGCAGAAGCACGCGGAGCCCCUCCAUGACCUGUCCUUUGACAACAGUGACCUGGUGAUGUUGAAGUCUUUACUGGCGGGGCUCAGCCUGCCUAGCCGGGACGGGAGAACGGACCAAGGCCUGGAUGAGGAAGGCGAAGAUGAGCGUUCAGCCGGCUCCCUGCCCCUGGUCAGUGUCUCCCUGUCCACCCCACUGACUGUAGCUGACGUGGCUCCGCACAUGAAGAGACUCUCCCGGGGCCAGGCUGUUGAGGAUGUGCUCGAGACUCUGAGCGACAUAGAUGAGAUGUCACGGCGGAGACCUGAGGUCCUGGGCUUCUUCUCGACCAACUUGCAGCGGCUGAUGAGCUCAGCGGAGGAGUCUUGCCGCAACCUGGCCUUCAGCCUCGCACUGCGCUCAAUCCAGAACAACCCCAGCAUCGCCGCUGACUUCCUGCCCACCUUCAUGUACUGCCUGGGCAGCCGGGACUUCGAGGUAGUCCAGACAGCCCUCAGGAACCUGCCAGAGUACACCCUACUCUGCCAAGAGCAUGCGGCUGUGCUGCUGCAUCGAGCCUUCCUGGUGGGCAUGUAUGGCCAGAUUGACACCAGCGCCCAGAUCUCGGAGGCCCUGAAGAUCCUGCACAUGGAGGCUGUCAUGUGAACCACUGUGGUCAUCAUGAUUGCAAGCUAUACCAGCAAGCCUGUCUUGUGGUCGUCUCAUCCCUGAGCCCCAUGAGGCUGAGAACAACUCUCCAGCCAUUGACUGGUGCUGGUAGUCUGAGUACUCGCCAUUUUUCCAGUGACCGGACAUAUAGCAAGGAGAGAUUGGUGUGCCAGCAAAGCACACUGAGGACCACUUUAAAUGAAACAUUAAGUCCCUG